AUGUGCUGUCCAGUAAACAACUCGCAGAUCAAAGAAGAUAGUGAGCAGAGCUACUGCUAUGCAGUAGACAAGAUGUGCAUCCCAGACCGCUCUUUUGCAGUCGGAGGAAACCUUUCCUCUAUCACACGCUCCUUCGAAGCUUGUAUCCGAGGAAAAUAUCGUCGAAGACAGCCUAGGGAUCGUCCACAGCGGAAGUCCAGCUGGGGGAAAAGUCAAGUGACUAAGACCAACACACAGACUUUGCCUGUCAGUUGUUUCAAGAGGAUGUAUUACUUUUCGACAAAUAGAUGUCUGGGAUUUAACAAAGAUCGGGAAAACGAUUUGUCAGUCAAAGAUGUCUUUGUUGACCCGAAUCCCGAGAGGAAUAAAUACGUUCACGAACGCAUCGGUUCAACCACUGAAGCUAUUCAAGUAGAAGAUUUAGAAAAGCAGAUACGCUGCUUGACUGUCACCUUGGGGGACAAGCCUGGGAGAGCAGUCAGCCCACGUUUUGAAGAGGCAUAUGCCCAGGGAGAGUCCUUGACGCCUCCCGAAAUCGAGUUCUCUGAGGAUAGUGACAUGGAGGAUGAUUACUGGACAUGGGAUCAAGACACUCAGAGAUUCAGACACUGGGAUGGGGAACUCGGAGAAUGGGUUUGCUUCCCUGAGAGGUUUGACUGA